UUUGCAUGCCGGCAAGGACUCCUGGGAUUGCCAAUGAGUCGUCGAUGUUGCACAGAACACGAGCAAGAUGUCUCUAGCAAGUCUCCUCCCGGCACCCCUGCACGUGCCUUACCGCGAAAGAGAUGAAGACGAUGAGUUGGAGAAAGCUUACAAAGACUUAAAGGUAACAGCAUUAAAGAAAGAGCCUCCUCCAUAUGGACAACGACAUGGCUGGAUUCCAAGAAAGCUGGAGGAUUUUGGUGAUGGUGGUGCUUUUCCUGAAAUUCAUGUGGCACAGUAUCCUCUGGACAUGGGGCGAACUAAAAAGCCUGCUUCAGGUACAAAUGCUCUACCAGUACAGCUUGAUUCAAAGGGCAGAGUGAAGUAUGAUGCUCUUGUUAAACAGGGUCAUGGAAAAGAUAAGGUUGUGCAUUCCAGAUUCCAAGACUUAGUUCCUGUACAUUUAAAAGAUGAAGGUGAUCCAGACUUAGAAAGACCAUCAGAGGAAGAUAUUGAAGAGACAACCAGGAAAACAAGAGAAGCUCUUGAAAAAGAAGUCACCACCAGAAUUGCUGCAGCACAGCCCACCCAAGUUGCUCAGAAGCCACAGGCAGCCCAAUACAUCAGAUACACACCUUCCCAGCAAGGAAUAGCUUUCAACUCUGGUGCUAAACAGCGGGUCAUAAGAAUGGUGGAAAUGCAGAAAGAUCCUAUGGAGCCUCCAAGAUUUAAAACAAACAAGAAGAUCCCCAGGGGACCCCCCUCACCUCCUGCUCCUGUGAUGCACUCUCCAAGCAGAAAGGUGACUGUGAAAGAACAGCAAGAGUGGAAAAUCCCUCCCUGUAUUUCUAACUGGAAGAAUGCCAAGGGGUACACCAUUCCUCUUGACAAACGUCUAGCUGCAGAUGGACGAGGUCUCCAAGACCCUCACAUCAAUGACAAGUUUGCAAAGUUGGCUGAAGCGUUAUACAUAGCAGACAGAAAGGCUCGAGAAGCUGUAGAAAUGAGAGCUCAGCUGGAAAAGAAGGUCGCGCAGCGAGAGAAGGAGAAAAAAGAGCAGAAGCUGGUGGAGCUGGCCAAGAAAGCGCGGGAAGAACGAGCUGGCAUCAGAGCUGCUGCAGAGCGGUCUGAAGAGGAAAGAGAAAGAGACCAGCUGCGACAUGAACGACACAAAGAGAGAGAACGAGAUCGAAGAAUCUCUAAAGCUGCUCCCGAUAAAAGGUCCAAACUUCAGCGUGACAAGGAGCGUGACAUAAGUGAACAGAUUGCGUUAGGCUUGGCCUCUGCUCCUCCCUCACAGGAAGCACUGUUUGAUCAGCGAUUAUUUAAUCAAAGCAAGGGUCUGGACUCCGGUUUCGCUGGAGAUGACGAUGGGUAUAAUGUGUACGAUAAGGCCUGGAGACGAGAGGGAAGCACAGCUAAUGCUAUCUACAGACCGAGCAAGAAUGUCGACCGCGAUGUUUAUGGAGAUGAUCUGGAAAAACUUGUUCAAACAAGCAGGUUUCAGCCUGACAAGGGAUUUGCGGGCGCAGAUCGCGGUCAGCGGCGCGAUGGCCCAGUUCAGUUUGAAAAGGAAGAGGAGGAUCCCUUUGGUUUGGACAAGUUUCUUACAGAGGCUAAAAAGGGAAAGAGACCAUUAGACGAAUCCUCCAGAUCAAGGGAUCACGACAGUCGGAGUGCAAAGAGAAAACGAUGAAACAGCCAAACAUUGUCUCAUCAUUGUAAUUAAUAAACUUUUGUCGAACUGCUCCACAAGGAUACAACAGAAACACUUUCAAAAUAUUUUGGUCCUAACACAGAGUUUCUAGUUUCCUAUCGAUUGACAUUUCAAUUUAUGUGAAAAAAACUUCCGUGAAAAAAACGCGAGCUGUGUUCGACAAAUGUUUGUUUUGGAACGAGGAUUAAUCAGCCAAUCAAAGCAUUACGGUCCUUUCAAAUUCUCCUUAAUUUUAUGACGUCAGUGUGACGCGAAUGUUUCAACUACUCUACUGUUGAUAAAUGCUGGCUCUUUGAAAUCCUCAUCAGCGCCAAGAUGCCUCUCGAACCGAUGGGGCGUUUCUUGUGUACAUAAGGGUCGUUUGUGGUUUAAUCUAAAUAAUAAUCAAAAAAAGCUUUCGUUGA